ACCACCCCCCUUCUCUAUAUUUACCUUCCCAAUCUUAUCCAGACAUGGAAAUCUAAACCCAGAGCAACAAUGGCGCUACCUAUCCCUCUCCUCCUCUCCAUCAUCUCUCUCAUUCUCCUUCCCUCUCCUUCGGCCGCCAACGAAGGCAACAUCCUCGCCACCGGCGACGUCCUUCCCACUAACGGCCAGCUCUCGUACAAAAAAUACGCCUUUGUCAUUCAGGACGACUGCAAUCUCGUCCUUUACAACGGCGCCAAUGGCUUCCAGUCCAACACCCACGGCGCAGGCUUCAACUGCACCCUCAGCCUCUCCGGCCUCGGCGAACUAGUCAUCAAAAGCGGCGACGGCUCGCACGUCUGGUCCUCCCCCGGCGGAAUCAAACAGGGCAAUUAUGUCGCCGUUCUUGGCCCCGACGGUCUCGUCAAAGUCUUCGGCCCCUCGAUCUGGUCAACCCCCGAGCUGUCUUCUUCAUCCGCCGCCAUUGAAGCCGAGCUGAGCACCGUGCCGUCGGUUCGUAACCUACUCUUCUCGUCGGAUGUUCUGCAGCAGAACUUUAAGCUGGAGAGCAGAGACUACACUCUGGAGCUGACCGACGUCUGUAACUUGGAGUUUCGUAAGGCGUCGGUGGGAGUGGUUUGGGAGAGCGGGACGAAAGGUGAGGGGCAGAAUUGCUUCGUUAGGUUUAACAAUCGAGGCCGUCUUGCCGUUGUUAAUGGCAAGUUUAAGGUUUUGUGGCUGAGCAAGCCGGUGGGGGACGCGGGAGAUUACGUUCUUGUUGUUCAGAUCAACGGGCAGGCGGUUAUCUACGGGCCGGUUGUGUGGUCUGCUGGUUCUUGAUUUUUGUUCUUGCUGUUUUGUAAUGUUGCUUGGUUCGAUUUCUGUCUCGGCGUUCUCUGGUUUUAAGAGAACGUGAUGAAUAAAGAUUGUCUGCUGUUCUGUGCUUGGGCUCGAAGUUUAAUGGAAUAAAGCUGUUGCUUGCUGUGGGAAAUU